AUGGGAACUUUACAAGUUGAGACUCAUCCCACCACCACUGCCGCCAUCGCCAACCACUACGACUCGAAAGAGCAUGGACUCAGCAGUGGUGAAGACGAUGACGAGUCACCUAUUGAAGAAGUUCGGCUAACCGUAUCCAACUCUGAUGACCCUAGCCUACCCGUAUGGACAUUCCGAAUGUGGUUCUUGGGCCUAUUGUCAUGUGGGCUACUAUCAUUUCUCAAUCAAUUCUUCUCCUACUGCACUGAGCCACUUGUCAUCACACAGAUAACUGUUCAAGUUUCCACUCUCCCCAUUGGCCACUUCUUGGCUGCAACACUGCCUACCACCAAGUUCCGGAUUCCGGGGUUCGGAGCCAGAUUGUUUUCUCUGAACCCGGGUCCGUUUAACUUGAAGGAGCAUGUACUUAUAUGUAUAUUUGCUAAUGCUGGAAGUGCUUUUGGUAAUGGCUCGGCUUAUGCCAUCGGAAUUGUUACCAUUAUUAAGGCUUUUUAUCGUCGGAAAAUAUCGUUCUUGGCCGGUUGGUUGCUUAUCAUCACCACUCAGGUGUUGGGAUAUGGUUGGGCAGGGCUGUUGAGAAAAUAUGUAGUUGAGCCGGCUCACAUGUGGUGGCCCAGUACUCUUGUUCAGGUCUCACUUUUUCGAUAUACAUACAUAGCUUCAGAGAAACAAAUGGUCUUUACGUAUAGUUUCCCUUAUUGCUUCUUGUUGGAACCACGAAGUCGGCCUCUGCCCUUCUUGGCAGUUGGCGAGGCCGGUCCGCCCAGAGGUGGUUGCAACUGUGGCUGCGAAGGAGUUGCGACAGAUGCUGGAGUUGCCAUCUAG